AUUCAAUUUUGUCUUUGAUCAUUUUUGAUUUCUCCGGAGUUCAGCAUCAUUCAGCAUACUGCAUUAAUAUUUUUUUAUUACGUAUAUAACGAAAUAAGAAAUGUUGUUGUAUUUCUCUUCCUGAAAUUUUCAUCAGCUGUAUUUUGUAUUUGGUAAAAACAAAAUGGAUAAUCUAAAAUUGACUCAAACUAUACCUGCACACAAAGGCAUCGCUUGGAAUUUAUCGUGGCAUCCUUCAGGAAACACUUUUGCCUCAUGUGGUGAAGACAAAACUAUAAAAUUAUGGAGCAAGGAAGGUGGGAGUUGGGCUGCAAAAGCGGUAUUAAUGGACGGUCAUCAGCGCGCCAUCAGACAAGUCGCGUGGUCUCCUUGUGGUAAUUUACUCGCUUCUGCUAGUUUUGAUGCUACAACAGCGAUAUGGGACAAGAAGAGUGGCCAGUUUGAGUGCAAUGCUACACUUGAAGGUCACGAGAAUGAAGUCAAAAGUGUAGCUUGGUCACCUUCUGGAAUGCUGCUGGCAACUUGUGGCCGUGACAAGUCUGUGUGGAUCUGGGAAGUGGCCGGAGAUGACGAGUAUGAGUGUGAAGCGGUGCUUAAUGCCCAUCAUCAAGAUGUCAAGAAAGUGGUUUGGCAUCCGCUCUCUGAAAUCUUGGCUUCCGCAUCAUAUGAUAAUACAGUGAAAUUAUACAAAGAAGAAAUUCAUGACAAUGAGUGGAAUUGUAUCGCAACUCUUCAGUCCCAUGAGUCAACAGUUUGGAGUUUAGCAUUUGAUCCAACAGGAGAGAGGCUGGCUACAUGCAGUGAUGAUAAAACUGUUAAAAUCUGGAAACAAUAUAGACCACAUAAUCCUGAAGGUCUAGUAAUGGAGAAAGAUGCAGUAUGGAAAUGUGUAUGCACUCUGUCAGGCUACCAUACAAGAUGCAUUUAUGACAUAGCUUGGUGUCACAAAACAGGUCUGAUUGCAACAGCCUGUGGGGAUGAUGUUAUCAGAAUUUUUGCUGAGACUGAGGAUUCUGAUCCAAAUGCACCAACAUUUGAAUUAGUUUGUACUAAGUUUAAUGCCCACUCACAAGACGUCAACUGUGUUGCGUGGAAUCCAUUAGGAAAUCGAGAAUUGAUCUCGUGCAGUGAUGAUGGUGAAAUAAAAGUGUGGAAUUUACAGGAUGGUGAAGAUUAAUUCAUGCAAUCAAUAAAGAAAUAAUGUGAUAAAGUUAUGUGUAUAAUAUUACAUCAAUUUUUAAAUAAAUCUUUAUAAUAUUAUAUUGGUUGUAGUGUUAAAAUUACAUGUUAUUGGGUUUUUAAAUAUACGGUAGUUAGUUUAA